AGUAAACAAACGGAAAUUAUGUUGGUAAUUACUUUGCGCUAAAACAUUGAAUUGAAUUGAGACAAAUACUUAAGGAAUUGGAAAUAUCUUUUCAAUGCAAAUGACACACAAAAAAUGGAAAGAAGUAAAGAAAUCCAACCAGAGAUAUUACCAUGAAAUUCGGAUAGGAAAUAAUUCGGACAAGUCGGAAUAAAGCUUAUGACUGCAUAAAACAUGGCACAAGAAAGUGAAGAAGAUAGUGUUUUGGAUUUGUCAAAACUUGGCAUCAUAAAGAGCUAUGUCAACUAUAGAAAUGACACCCAUGAGUCAUCUUUACUAAAGGAAAUGAAGAAACUUUAUGAUGAUGAUCUACUGAAAGAUAUCACCUUGUGCGUUGGAAAUUUAGAAUUUUCUUGCCACAAAAAUGUCCUGGCAGCUGUAAGUCCUUACUUCCGUUUAAUGUUCACCCUGGAUUUGGCGGAAAAGAAGCAGGACAGAAUUGAGAUAUUUGAAGUUGACUCAAGGUCUAUGAAAGAUAUUCUAGAGUAUGCUUACACUGGUAAAAUUAAGAUAACAAUUUCUAAUGCACAGAAUUUGUUAAGUGCGGCGUCGCUAUUCCAAAUACUUCCAGUUGUGAGAGCUUGUGCUAACUUCAUGGAAAAUCAUUUGGCUGUGCACAAUUGUGUGGGAAUUCACUACUUUGCUGAAGUUCACAACUGCAUUUCAUUGAAAGUCAAGGCUAGGGAAUUCAUUGAGAAGAACUUUAUAGAAGUGUGUAAAACAGAAGAAUUCUACUCACUAACAUUGAUUAAAUUGUCUGAAUUUAUAUUAUCAGAUGAACUGAAUGUUGAUAAGGAAGAAACAGUCCUUGAAGCAAUGAUUGCAUGGACAGAACAUGAUUAUGCAUCAAGAAAGGAUGAAUUUUGUGAAUUACUACCAUUAGUAAGAUUUGGAUUGAUGAUAUCAAAAACAAUUCGAGAAAGGCUGUCAAAACACCGCCUAGUGAGAAGUUGCAAGAGGUGCCAGCUUUUCCUUAAACAUUGUAAAAACUUUGAAGAAUCUCCUGCAGAAUACGAGGGUGAAUUUGAUUUCAGUCUAAACUUGAGGGCAGGAAUGUUCCGGCCAGAAAGCUGUCUUCUAAUUGUGGGUGGGGUAGAACAAACCGGUAUCAGACCAUGUAUUAAUUGUUACAACCCAGUCACUCAGGAGGGCUUUUACAUCGAAGAGUUUCCUGAAAGUCGCAAAAAUGGCAGCUAUGACUGUGAAGAUAUCGCUUGUGUGGUGACAGAAAACAACCAGAUCUUUGCUGGAGGUGGAAACUACAUCCACCAUCACCUGUUUGAUGACUCGGAAGAUGACUCAUUUGAAGAAUUAGAAUACAAGGAGUAUGUCGUGCAGAAAGACUUCUACCAAUUUGACAUGGACCACAAUGAGUGGCUUCCAAGAUCACCCAUGCUAUUUCCGAAGUCCAACUUCACCCUUGCCAGCUUAAAUGGCAAGAUCUACUGCUUCGGAGGUCUGACAGAGAACAAGCAUCCCACUGAGAUAAUUGAGGUUUAUGAUGUGGAGAGGAAUCGCUGGAACUACCAGGGGAUGCUGCCUACUACCCUCGUGGAUCUCUCCUCUGUGGUGUACAAGGACAGCAUAUAUCUUCUUGGUGGUCGAACGGGGGUAGGGGCUCACAACAGCCUCAUCAGGUACAGCCCUGAGACUGAGGAAUGGACCUCAUUGGCUGGCAUGCUGACUCCCAGGUUUAACUUUGGGGCAUGCCUGGUUGGGAACGAGAUAUAUGUGGCUGGGGGCCAGAUUUACUCGCACGAUUCAUACACCAUCAACCGAGAGGUACUCCGGACAGUUGAGAUUUACAAUCUUGAGGCCAACCAAUGGCGCCUGGGUCCAGAACUGCCCAUAGAUCUCUUCAACGUGUGUUUGUCAGUUAUAAACGGAGCCCUCUAUGCCAGUGGAAUUCCUGAGUUCAAGGAUGAGGGUCCAAAUAACUGGUACAAUGUAGUAUGCAGGUUGGACUUUGGUAAAAAUGAGUGGGAAAUAAUUGAAGACAGUUUAUGUAAUGUGAGGAACUUCACCUGUGUAGUUGGGAAAAUACAUACAAGAAAAUUUCUGAAGGUUUAACUUAACAAGCGAGCCAUAGUUGAAAGAAAAUAACAAUUCUUUGUUCAGCACUAGUAUAUACAGUUUUAAAAGCAUUCAUCAGCAUUAACCAGUUCUUGCUGAUAACCAGUUUUAAUCAUCCAUAAAGCUGUGAGUGAAUAUAAAACCAGGGACACUCUGUUCCAGAAUCAGAUCCUCAGUAAUUGUCAUCUGCAAUGUGCAGUGUUAUUGAAGAUGGCAUGAAUUUACAUCAGAAAGUCACCACAUGUAUUAAAUUGCAUUUACAUGUAUAAUUAAAUAGCUGUAUGUUGAUCUUUAUGUAAUCUCUUAUUAUUUAAAACUGUACCAUGCUUAUGUUUACAACAUUAUUUAUUUUGUGAAGACUGUUUUGCUGUAAGAUGAUUUUUUCCUGACCAAUUUCCCUUAGUGAAUACAUAUAAGAUUAAAAAAAAUUAACUUAAAAAAGCACUUUUGUAUGGAAGAGUUCUUUGAUUCUUAAAGAAAAUCAUUUUAUCACAUUCUUUCAUUCAUUUUGUUCUGUUUAUUUUUUCAAAUCUUCCUUUCAAAUUUCUAGGAACAAUUGGAAGUCCCAACUCAUUUUCUUGAAUCUACAAAACCUCAAGCACAUUAUAGUACUUCUCUAGUACAAUACAGCAAUUUGAUUGCAUUUAGCAUUAGUAUUUUCCUCAUUCGUUUGGGUGGGCAAAUUAACUAAUUAUUUUCAAUGUACAGUAAUAAUGUAUUUCAUCUGUCUCCAGUCAAUGUCGAUCAUCACAGCUCUCUUUGCUGAUUUUUGCUAUAUCUGUUUUCAUAAUAUUUUUAGCUCACCUUAGCCAUAGACAUUAUUAGGAUCGAUGAAUGUCUGUCCUCUGUUGUCCGUCAUCCGUUGGACGUCCACCCUUAGUUUGUUAACACUGUAGUGGUCUCAUUCUUGUCUCAAUUGUCAUGAAACUUGGUCAGGAUGUUUGUCCCAGUAAUUACUCGGACGAGUUCGAAUAUGGGUCAUCUGGGAUGAAAAACUAGGUCACAUUACCCCAAAAUAGAAAAAUAUUUUUAGCACUCUAGAGGCUACUUUUUCAGUCCAAAUAUCCAGGAAAUUUGUCAGAAAGGUUGUUUUGUUCAUUUCUAGCUCAAGUUCGAACUAGGUCACAGAGCCCAAAUAUGAAAAAACCUAGUUUACACCCUAGAGGUGACAUAUUCAGCCCAAAUAUCCUGGAAAUUUGUCAGAAAGGUUGUUUCGUUGAUUUCUAGCUCAAAAUUUAAUCUGGGUCAUCUGGGUUCAAAAACUAGGUCACAGCCCAAAUAUGAAAAUCCUUGUUAACACUCUAGAGGUAACAUUUUCAGCCCAGAUAUCCUCGAAAUUUGUCAGAAAUGUGUUUUCGUGGAUUUUUAGUUCAAAUUUGAAUAUGGGUCAUCUGGUUUGUGACAAAUUAUGUAACUCCAACUUUAAUAUUGUAAGAGUUAUGGCCUUUUGUACUUUUUUAAACAAAUACAUACUUUUCAUGGUUUUAUAUGCCUGUUUAAAAUAUGAGACAUACUCUAGUUUCACGUGUGGCAUACAGGCUUCCAGGCUAGCCAAAGCUUUGUAGUCACCUGAGAGUUAUUGCCCAUUUAUUAUAGAAAAGGCCUUUUUCAAGUUUAUUCAGGUGAGCAAUAUAGGGCCAUCUUGGCCCUCAUGUUUAAUAUUGUAAUGUUGUCAGUGGUAUGGUAAGAAAAGUAGAUGUUUGUGCUAGCUGUUAUAUAUAUAAUGAUAAUAAUAUAUAAUGGUGCCAUCAUGAAUUACAGCAUUACCGGUAUACAUUUUUGAUAUAUAACUGGUGUUACAACUUUGAUGUGACAUCAUAAAUAAAAUUGAAAAUGUGCACAUUAUAUCAGCUUCUGUAUUGAGUGCAGCAAAUCAUCAAAUUAAUAUUUAUGAGGUAAAUAAAAUUAUCACAUUCUAUCACAUUCUAUGGUCAUUCAAUACAAAAAAAUUUAUGAAUUUAAAAAAAAAAAAUUGUUAAACAAAUUGAAUAUUGAAUAGUCUCUCUAUAUAUAUUGUAAUAAUAGUAACCAUGUCAUUCUGAGUAAUAUGGAUAUGAUAGUAGAUGAUUAUGCCCCAAAUCCUGAUAGUUCAUAGAGCUUGAUAAUUUGUAUGUGUUUUUUCUUGUUGUUUUUAUGUUGUAUUGUUAUUGCUGAAAUACUGUGAUUUUGUUUAUGUGGUUUCAUUUUUGAUAAACACAGAAAGUGAACGCUUUAAAUUAUGCAGCUACAUGUAGUUUCUUUUCAAUAUGUUUGUACAUUGUAUUUAUGAUAACACAUUUAUUAUUUUCUUUCCGUAUUACUUUUUCUGUGAUACAAGGGCAGUAAUUUAAAAAUCUUAUUUAGCAUCAUAACUUAAAAAACAAUUCUUAUGUGCUUGUGUUUUUGUAAUAUUGUUGUAGAGAGAAAAAAAAUCAAAAAAUAAUUAUGUUAAAAGUGUGCUGUUAUUGUGUAAUCUUUAUUUAAAUGGACAAUUUUAUUACUUUUGAGAGCUUUGUUAAAUUGUAGAUGCAUUGCAAAAGACAUGUAUGGUACAUGUACAUGCAUUUUAUUUAAGAUUUUACCAAGUCUGUUUUGUUUGUAUCAUAUUGUUGUUAUGAAGAGUGACUAUGUUUAAACACCAUGUUUAAGUCUGAUUUCCUUUAUUAAUCAUGAGUGCUGUGCAGUUUGUGAUACAAAUGUUUUUUAGCUGAAAAAGUCUGGGUAUUGUGAUAGCCUUGUAGUUGAAGUUAUUGGCAACAACAUACAGUAAAACAGCAUUCGUUCAAACAGGCGGUCAUUUGAGAACUGGCAAUCGGUCGAGGCGUUAUAUAUACAAAAUUAGGAUCGAAACCUACAUAAGUCGAAACUUGAGCACCACUGCCGGUCCCAAAUACACAAAUCAUGCGCAAAUCCUUAUGAUUACCUUGCGGUCAUAAUUUCAUAAUUUUCAAUUUUCCCUCUAUAACUGUGACAUCUUGAAGGUUUUAUUUCUAAACUCUGUAGCACUAAUUUGUAUCUCAUUGAGACAUGCAGUGCAAGGUGAAGGUCACUGAGACAUGCAGUGCAAGAUAAAGGUCAUUGAGACAUGAGUGCAAGAUGAAGGUCACUGAGACAUGCAGUGCAAGAUAAAGGUCAUUUAGACAUGCAGUGCAAGAUAAAGGUCAUUGAGACAUGCAGUGCAAGAUAAAGGUCAUUGAGACAUGAGUGCAAGAUGAAGGUCACUGAGACAUGCAGUGCAAGAUAAAGGUCAUUGAGACAUGCAGUGCAAGAUAAAGGUCAUUUAGACAUGCAGUGCAAGGUGGAGGUCAUUGAGACAUGCAGUGCAAGGUGAAGGUCAUUGAGACAUGCAGUGCAGUGAAGGUCAUAGUUAGUGGUUAAAAGAGAACAUUGUCAUUGCCGUCUGCUCUGUUUCUUGUCUGUUAAUUCAUUUAAAGUGACACUCUUAUUCAAAAUCAAUUCAUACACAUAAGCUUCUUUCUAAAUAGUGCAUUUAUGGAAAAUAUUAAUAACUGAUAUCAAGCUUGUAACCGUGUAUUAAAUAGCUGAAAACGCAAAAAUAUUAAAUGAUUGGUGAAUGCUAAAAGAUUUACUGUGAUCUACUAUAGUCUCAUAACAUAGAAAUACCGUGUUUUGUGCACAUUUCUUACAAAUUAAACUCAGUUUCCGUCAUAAUAAUCAUUGUUUUUGACAUUUAUUCAUCCUUUUUUGGAAUAUUAAAACAAUAUUUUUAAUUGUGGUAAAUCUUAUGUGGGAAUAAGAGUGUAUAUUUAAGUUAAGAAGUGAUGAAAGUUGACAGGAAUGUAAAGCAGCAUGUGAAGGUGUGCACCUGGUGUUUUGUGUGUUACUUCUCACAUUAAGUACAGAUUUACCGUAAAUGACUGGGUAUUAGACGCACUUUUUUCCCUCAGAUUUUGAUGCAAAAAAAUGCCUGCGUAUAAUACCCAGUAACAAUUUUUUGAACUUUUUUUCUGAGGUCAUUUUCAAGCCGAGAGUUUGUUUAGACUUAUGUAGAAAGGGAUGUUACUCGCGUCAUAUUGAUCGAGUAUAUACGGGUUAAAACGGCAGUUGAAGAUCGGGAUACGGUAUAUCGUAAGACGUUUAUAAUUUCAACAAAAAUAUUUUUUGAUUAAAGUUACCGUAAUUCACCUAAGAGUUCGGACACUCUAAAUAUUUGGACACCCAUAAUUAUUUCCCAAAAUAAUUUAUUUUGCGUACCUAAUUUUCGGACACCCAAAGGACAUCAAUCAUAACUUUCAUAGUUACCAAGUUUCACAGACGAAGAUUAUUGAUUUUUAUCUUUACAAUGCCUGGCUAGAUUACCUAACCGUAUACACCACUGUGACAAUUUAAUUAGUUACUACCCGUCCUAAACGAUUUAUUGCCUGUUGAAAAGGAAGUGUGAUAUAUUUAUUUGAGGAUUAAACAAACAACAAGGGCAAUCAAGGGAUUAAGAAAACAUCGACAUGACAUGUUUGUAAAACGAUCUGCCAAUAAGCUUUCAAACUUGUACCACACUUAUAGACUAUAUGAAGCAAUAAUCGUACAGUUAUACAUUAAUCCUGCAUAGGUGUCCGAACUCUUGUGAAUUACGGUAUUCAAUAUUAUUUUGAAUAAUAAAUUGAAUUAAACAAUAAUCAAACUUACAUAUAAAAAAGCAAAGUUGGGCACUGUCAAAAUAUUUCUUGCAUAACAUAACUUUUCAUUCUCGACAGUAUGGUUUUAAAGAUAACCAUCGCCAUUUUCACGAAAAAAAUAAUUUUUAGCACUGUCAACAAACAUGGUGGCUGAAAAUGCCGGACGAUUUUGACAUUUUUUCUAUGCGUCUUUUAACCAAAAACAUAGAUUAAAAGUUUUUUUCUCGGAUUUUUCACAGAUUUUUUUCCCUGCGUCUAAUACCCCCUAUCGUCUUAUACCCAGUCAUUUACGGUAUGGCCCUUGACUUUGUGAAAUUAUGGCUUACAGAGCAAACAGAUUUUGUGUGGUGCUUGUCUCCAAGAAAGCUAGAAUCAUGAAACUUUACAGAAAUGUGAAAUAAAUUGCAUAUACAGUCGAAACUCGUUGGCUCGAUAUCUCAUGGCUCGAUAUCCUCGUUGGCUCGAACCAGAUUUAAAGACCGAUUUUGUUUUACUCUUUGUUCAUAUAAAAUUUGAUCAGAUGGCUCGAUAUCUUGGUCGAUAUUUCUCCAUGCUCAAAGUCUUUUUCGCGGUCCCAAGUAAGAAUUUCACACAUUGUUUUGUUUGCUUGGGUCGAUGUCAUUUUCGCGGGUUCAGUUAAGAAUCUCACACCUUGAUUUGAUUGCUUGGCUUCAUUUACCACAAAGCGCUAAUCGAUUAAAAUUGCUUGACUGGUAUUAUAAUUAUUAUCAAAUUUAAAUGGUUUAACAGCUUGAAUAAACAUGCCAUCACUUUAAGUUCUGUCUCUAAUUGUUAUCCAUCUAUAAAUUUCUAUGCAUUUUGAUAUACCUUAUAAGCUAUGUUUGUGUUACCCAUUGUUUAAAAUUGCUUGUUUGUUGUUUUCGCAUAAAUGUUUUUUUUAUUCUAAAAAAAACAAUCAAAUGAUAUUUUCUAAGUAUAGAAUAAGUCAUGUUACGAACUUAACAAUUGUAAUUAUGUCCAAUAAAUACUCUUCUCUUCUCAUGCGGAGAUAUCGUAGCCAAUAACAAACGACGUAAACAAUACUUUUUGUAACGAAUAAAAAAAUAACAUUCUGUAAGCAAUCCCACUUGGCUCGAUAUUCUCGAGGCUCGAAGUAUUUUGGCCAGUCCCUAGAAUAUCGAGCCAUCGAGUUUCGACUGUACAGCAUGGAAUCUUAUGCCAUGCCUACCUCGAUUAGUAUAUGGACCAGAGUGAUGAAACCAUAGAGGAAUGUUAACAGUUGAUACUUUAGUUAGCAUUGGUCUGUAAUAUUUUGGUAUCGUUAUCAGUUACAAUGCUCAUGAUUUAUGUAUUAACAUCUGAAAUAAAUACUGGUUAAACCAA